GAGGGGUACUUGGGCAGAUCAAGCCAAAAAACACAGAAACCUUUCUCUUUUGCUAAUUGAGACGAAUCCAUCCUCUCUCAUCCUUUGCAGCCUUACCGGAAUUGCAGCAAAGGUCUAGAUUCUCGCCGGCCUUCUUUUCCGCCGGUCAUCGAAUUGACGUCAGGGCCUCACAAGAACGAACAAUCCAUCGUUGGAUCUGUUAAUUCCUCCCUCUGCACCAAGCUAAAAUAAACAAACAAGCGAUUCGAACAAUAUCCUCCUUCAUCAUGGCUUUUCUCUUUAUCAAACAAAAACUCUUCCCUGGAAGUCAGCAGAAAGCUGCCAGUCCAUUCGGCAAGCCGUUGCUCUCCAACUCCGAAACCGAGGAAAUCUACGUGAAUCGCGAUCUGGAGGCUCAACGCUCCUACGACACCUUCCGUCCAUCAUCGCCCGUUUCAGACGUCGACAGCACCAGCACUAGCACAAGCUCGCGGUCGCGCAUCAACCCUCGCAUCGUCUCCGAUGCCAUCCUGGGCUUGUCGGAUGGAUUGACGGUGCCAUUCGCGCUGAGCGCCGGUCUAUCUGCUCUCGGAAACACCAAGGUUGUCGUGCUGGGCGGGCUGGCUGAGCUGACGGCCGGUGCCAUCUCCAUGGGACUGGGAGGCUACGUCGGCGCCAAGAGUGAAGCCGAGUCUUAUGAAGCCACCGUCCGCGAAACUAAGGAGUUGAUUGCCUCCUCCCCUGCUGAAACCACCGCCAUUGUGCACUCCAUCUUCUCCACCUACCGCCUCCCCGCCGAAGUAAUCUCCGAGAUCAGCAACUCGCUGCAUGCCUCGGAAGAGCGUCUUCUGGACUUCCUCAUUAGCUUUCACCACAAGGAGUCGCAGCCCGACUGCAACCAGGCCUGGAUCUCCGCUAUCACGCUUGCGCUGGGUUACUUUGUUGGUGGCUUCAUCCCGCUCAUCCCCUACUUCUUCGUCAACCAGGUCAUCACCGCUUUGUACAUGAGCAUCGGCGUCAUGGCAGUGACGCUUCUGGCCUUUGGGUAUAUCAAGACAUGUGUCGUGCGCGGCUGGACCGGACGCGAAAACAUCAUGGCGGGACUUAAGGGCGGAGUGCAGAUGGUGUUUGUGGGUGGUGUGGCCGCGGGAGCAGCUAUUGCGCUGGUGCGGUUGAUUGAUGCGGGAGAUGUAUAACCCACCGCUGUCUCUCCUCACCACCCACUUUUCUGCCAUUCCUUUUUCACCACCAAAAGUUCACUCAUGCCCUUAAUGACCAUGUACAUUAUAUACAGAUACCACGGAAGACAUAUAGAGCGGGC